AUGUAUCGGCUGCAGGCGAAAAAAAUCCUGUCCCAGAAUUAUAUCAUGGAUAUGAAUGUUAACAGGAAGGUAUUGUUCAUUUUUUUGAUUCGAUUUGAAAAAAAAAGUUUAAAAAUCGAGAAGUUACCUUCGGAAAAUUUUGCGUUUUUUUUUUGCCUUUUUUAACUUUUCAUCCAUUGAAACAAUCCGUUUUUUCUGUACUAUGGAAUUUUCAAUGAUUUACUAACUUUCAUUGUUUUUUUAAGCUACAUCUAUUAAUAAUGAUUCUUUUUGAAACAUUGAAAAAAACUCAAAAAAAUUAUUUUGAAACCGUUUUUUUGAACAUUUAUUGAGAUUUUUUUCUCUUUUUUUAUUUUGGAGCUUUUAAAAAUUUAUUUAAUGAAAUAUUAAGACCAAGUUUUAAGUUUAAAACGAACUUUACUUCACAAAAAAAUAAUAAUUCGAUUCUUAAUGUAUGUUGAAAAAUUUGACAAGGAACUCGAAUUGAAGAAAAAAAUCAUGUUUUUUUCGCAUUUUGAAACCAAAAAAAUCAUGAUUUUACUGCGAUUUCUUCGUAUAGGUCAUUCCGCGCCAGCUUGUCACGAUUUUAAAUCUCCUCGGAGCUAGAGAAACCAUUUCGGCGCUUCGCUUCGAUGCUCUCGGUGUUCACCCCUGCGUGCGCCUUUAAUAAAACAUUAUUUCUGAUUAAGAUAUUGCUUCAGUUUCCUCUAUCUCUUGUACUAAUUUACGAGGUUUUUUUGAAUGAAUUGAUCUCAUUUUUCGCUUUAACUAUACACGCUCAGAUUCUGUGCUGGAUUUGUAGAAAAUCAAAAAAAUUGAAUUAUUACUUUUUUUAAUUGUUAUUAAUGAAACCGACUGUUCGAGCUUUUCUUGCAUAUAAUUUUUGGCUUAGUUUGAUAUAAAAUUUGAUGUUACAACUGUUUUUGUAGAAUUAGAAAAAUUCCAAAGUUCGGAAAUAAUGAGUUUUAUUAAAGGCGCACGCUAGGGGGCACAGCGAGAACAUCGAAGCGAAGCGCCGAAAUGGGUUCUCUAGCUCCGAGGAAAUUUAAAAUCGUGACAAGCUGGCGCGGAAUGACCUAUAUUUACAUUGAUCUAAUAGGUUGUAAAGUUGUUGAAAUUGAGAUUUUUCAUAUUUUCUAGUAGAAAAUGUUAUCUUUUUUCAUUUUCAUCCGUGGUUUUUAGAUAGUUCGUCAUGCUGGUGUCAAACCGGGUGAUUGGGUCGUCGAAAUUGGCCCGGGACCUGGAGGUUUUCAUAAAGUUACCAAAUUUUUUAAGUGACUUCUUAAGGAAUCACUCGAGGGAUCCUGGAAGCAGGUGCCGGUAGACUGGACGUCGUUGAGAUUGAUAGCCGAUUUAUUCCUCCUUUGACGGUAAUUUCGAGAAAAAUUAACUUGAAUGUUAAUUUUUUUAGCAUUUGGCUGAAGCUGCAGAAAAUCGCAUGUAUAUUAAUCACAACGACGCGUUGAAAUGCGAAAUUGGCGAUUUGUGGAAGGUUUUUUCACCCCUCAGAAGUUCCAGAGGGGUCCCUAUAGGGGUAAACUUGAAGGCCCUUGGAGGGUUCCCUGAGGGACAGGUUUACCAACCCCUAUAGGGACUACUAAAGCUCGUAAAGGUGGCCCCUAUAGGGGACAUGCUAGUCGAUAUUUUUUAUGAACUCUAAGCGAAGAAUUGCUGAGAAAAACUGAAAAAAAGAGUUUUUUAAAUGAAAUGGCUCAAGCUCCGCCCCUAACGACGUGAUAAACCAAUCAGAGAGCGAGCAUCCACAGAGCUUUUUCGGAUGACGUCAUUGUACUUGACGUUCAAAAUUUGAACAGACUUUGAAUUUUUCAGAAAGCUUUUUGGUGUCUCAAAAAUCUUCAUCUUGCUUAAAUUUUUCGUUUUUUAAGGAAUUAAGCCUAAAAUAAACAUUUGAAUAAUGUUAAUUUACAUUUUUUUUAAAAGUUUUAAGCUCUUGUUUCCUGAAAAUUAGGGAAUUUUCGCAUUUUGAGACUUUCAGAAUCGUCUUUUUAGUGUUGUUUUCCAAUAGAUUUGCUACGAUUGUUUGUUUAAAGUUAAAUUUUUUUAUGCAAAGAAUGAUUUUUUUAAGUGCCAGAUAACGAUUCCAAAAUCUUAAACUUCCUAUUUUUUUCAAGAAAAAUAUACCGAAAAGUUGAAAAACCAUCAAACUUUGAAAAAAAGAUAUUUUUUUAGGACUUUUUUUCUUGAAAAAAAUAGGGGUUUUUGCAUUUAGAAACCUUAUAGAUCGUUCUACAAGUUGAUCAAAAAGAAUUUUGGCCAAUUUUCAAAAAAUUAUCAAGCUUUAGAGUAAAAUGUUCUUCAUUUAUAGGCUUCUUAUUCUGAAAAAUAAAAUUUUCAGGAUUCUCCGGACCGCCCUUCUUCUGAAAAUUGGCUUUCCGAACCACCAAAUAUGCACGUUAUCGGAAAUUUGCCCUUCAAUAUCGCCUCGCCAUUGAUUAUAAAGUUAUUGAUUUUUCAAGAUUUUGAAACGAAAAAUUUGAGCAUUUUUUUGCACGCGCGACGCGGUUUUGGCGCAAUUUAUCGAUUUUUCUCACUUUUGUUAAUAAUUUUUUUCGUAUUUUCGUCAAGUGCCUGUUUUAAAGAGGAAAAAUUCAAUAAAUGAGCCAAAUAUUCGUGGAAAAUUUUCGAAUUUGCGCCAAAAACGCGUCGCCAUCGUUUCCCCAAUACCCCGUGAUGCACUCAGAUUUUUUUGCUUAAGGAUUAUAGCAAUUUUUUUUAACGUUUAUACUAGUGUUUAUUGAAUAUUUCUCUAUUGUUGAAUUUUCAGCUUCUUUCGAUUUUUGUUUCUCUCAAAAAUUGCAAAAAAGGUCUUUUCAUGGUCCAAAACAAAUUUUUUUUUGUCUUUCACUUCAUAGGCAAAGUCUGAAAGGGUAAAAAAAGGGUUCAUAUAAAAGUUCCUUUUUUGCCGCCUUUUUGUGCCAUUUCAUCGGCUUUUAUGCACCAUUUUUGCUGCCCCUCCCUUUUCCACCAUUUCUUGAGCCUUUUAAAAUUUUAGAAAAAUGGAAGGCUCGAUAAAGGGACCCUCUUUGCGGCCUUUUUGCUGCCAUUUUGCGGCCAUUUUGCUACCUUUUUGCUGCUUUUUGCUACCUUUUUGCAACCUUUUUGCUACCUUUUUGCUACCGUUUUGCGGCCUUUUUUGAGCCUUUUCUUUUUUGCGGCCAUUAUCCACCAUUCCUUUUUCACAUUCUUUGAGAACAAGAUGCUGGAAAAAAAAACUAUGAAGCUUCUCAAAAUUCAAAAAUGAUCUCAAACCCUCUGUUUCAGCUCAUUCUGAAGAAAUUUUUUUUUAGGAAUUUUUCAGUUUUAACAAUAAAUUGACAUGUGUAGAAUCGGUAUUUUGCUGUUUUUAAAAACCCAAUAAAUAGGUAUUUCUAGAUAUUUACGCGACAUGUCCUACCGGAGAGGAAUUUGGGCCUUCGGACGUGUUCCGCUGACUUUGACCUUCCAGCUGGAGGUACGUUUCAAAGAAAGGAUAAUUCCAAGUUCGAAAUGGACUCUUUGAUAGGAAACGGUCAUACUCUUCGUGAUUUAUUUUAGGUGGCCCGAAGGAUUUGCUCCCCGAUCGCCUGUGAUUCACGAUCGAGGAUAUCGAUAAUGGCUCAGUACAUUUCGAUGCCCAAGAUAGCUUUCGAGAUAUCAGGUGGCGAAAUUGACUAAAAGUUACGAUGUAUGGCCUCACACUGGUGUAGGAAAUAAUUCCUCCCCCUCCCCUCACCAGUAGGAAAAAAAUCGUUGAUCUGGUGGGAGGCGAUUCUAGAAUGGGGGCGAUUUUUCAAGAUUGCCUGGGCAUUCUAGAAUGAACCUUCACCUAACUGGGGGAUUCUAGAAUAAGAUGGAGCCCCUUCCCCCACCAGUAGAGAAAAAUCAUUGAUCUGGUGGUUCAGUAUGUAGUGGGGUGCGAUUCUAGUUUGGGGGAGAGGGGGGGCUGAUCCGGACAAGGCUUGCAGUGCUUAUUCCGAAGUUGGGAGGGGGAGCGAUCUUUGAAGGCUCUGGAAUUCUCCGAAGCUUUUUUUCGUAUUUUUUCCUUUUUCAUAUAGUCUGGAAAGAUUUUGAAAAAAAAUUUGUCGUUCAAACUCCGCCCUUAACGGCGCGAUAAACCAAUCAUAGAGCGAGCCAUCCACAGAGCCUUUCCGAAUGACGUCAUUGUUUAUGAGAUUCAAAAUGUGAACAGACUAUAUUUUUCUCAAAAUCUACAGAAAAGAUACGAAAAAGCACGUUUUGAUCACAGCUUCCUUGUAGGAAAAUCAACAUUCCUGAAACUUUUUAGAGCUAGGAUAACUAUUAUUGGUAAAACAUUGGUGAAGUUUCAGCUUCCAGAAACAAUUAUUUGGUUUAGGAAGUUUUGGAAAUCUUCUUGAGGAAAUUCGUCAAAAGGUGUUUUAUCCAGGAGUCCCAAGAAAUUUGACUGGAACCUGAAGUUUUCACCUGUUUAUUUUUUUAUUUUUAAGAAAUCUAAGCUUGAAGGACCAAUCAAAUCUGUCAAUAAUUUGAAAUCACAAGGGAAGUAAUUAUCCUUUGGGGCUGGAAUUUUUCUGUAAAUUCGCCAGACAAAUCUUUUUUUGAAGCUCCUGCGCUUUUCUACCUGCAAAACCCUGUAGUUAUUUUCUAAUGACUCAAAUUGAACAAAUUUUAUUGGUUUUUUAGAACUUGAGGUGAGUUUUUUUUUCCGUUAGUUAGAGAGUUUUGUAGGUUGAAACUUUCAGAAUUUCCUUCCGGUGUGUCUUGAAAAUUUUCGAAAAUGUCUCAACUGCAGAAUAUAAUCACCUGCCCUGCCAGAAGCAGAAUUACAGCGCUCUAGAUGUUGUAAAAUUCACACGGAUCGAAAAAAUUGGUUCAUCUUUGAAAAAUUGAAUUUUUUCGUUCAGGGUCAUGCUUCGUUCCGAGGCCAGACGUCGACGUCGGCGUCGUCCGGUUUGAGCCCAGAAAAAGCCCCUUAAUUGAUGUACCUUUUGAGGUAAAAUUAAACCAAAAAAUAAGUCCGUGGAACUGAGAAGCUUCUUCUAUAGGAUCUGCUGAAAAAAAACUUUUUUUUCCGAUUUUCUAACGAGACUUCAAUUUUUUUUCUUGCCGUAAUAAUGUCAAAGCAACCUUUUAAAUAACUAUUUUUAACAAUUUAUCUCAUUCCAGGUGAUUGAGAAAGUGUGCCGGCAGGUGUUCCACUACCGACAGAAGCAUAUGAUUAAAGGCCUGAAGACUUUGUACCCUGAAGAGGUAUCAGAAUAGGGACUGGAGAUGUUUGCUCAAAGGAAUAUUCCGAUAAAACCUAUUUUUGAUAUUUUUGCGAUAUCUAAUAGAUAGAUCCUCACGAGGGAAGUUUCUGAGGUGAAAACUUCAAAUCUGGUCCAAAUUAAGGGGGUAGGCAGUCCCAGGUAAGAUUCCAUGAAAGUUAUUAAAAUUAUCUUCUAAGGAGUACCUGAAAAAUAGAAAAUGUACAAAAACAUUUUUUUUUCGAUGUAAGGUUGGAUUUUUGUUGAUUAUGAUACAGUAGUUCAGAGAAAUGGAUUUCGAAUUCAUAUUUCUGAAAAAAGGCGACUUCCCAGCAAUUCCUGUCUAUUUUUGACCGUUUUCUUCUCGGUACCCCUUAGCAGAAAACUAUUUUUGUUCACGAGUACCUUAUCCUAGGAGUACCCACCACAAGAGUUUGGGUCAGAUCGAAAAUGUUCAGAAUAGGCUCGAAAACUUUUUCCCCCGGAUUACACACUUCCCUCGUCAGGAAACUUCAAAAAAACUAUUUUUGAAGAAUUUUUGUCCCGAAAGUUUAUCGAAAUACUCCAUUGCGCAAAUAUAGCUGGUUCGCGGCUGGCUUGAGCCAUCGAGAAAAGGGUCUUGCCACGAAAAGAGACGAGACAGUGCCCUGGUUGGUGGAGAGUGCAGACAGGUCACGCCUUUUUGCGUCCCAAGCUAGCCGUGAAUCUUCUAUAUCAUACGUCCGAGAAUUGUGGAAAAUCCGAAAAAGAUUAAAAUUUAAGAUUGCCGACGAUUUGGCCCAUGAAGUCCUCCGAGAAUGCCGAAUCGACCCGACGACGACGUCGAUUCGACUCGGCGUCGAACAAUUUGGCGAUAUCGCCAGGAUUUAUUAUAGGCAGUGCUUGAAGUAAUCAUUCUGUGAUGUUGCAAAAAAAUUAGUAGCGAUAUCGCUAUAAUCCAUUCUAGGCAGUGUUUGAAGUAAUCAUUCUUGAUGCUGGAAGAAAAAAUCAAGUAGCGAUAUCGCCAAGAUUUACUAUAGGCAGGGUUUGAAUUAAUGAGUUCGAUGUUAAAAAAUAGGGCAGCGAUAUCGCUUUGAUUUAUUAUAGGCAGGACUUAAAGUAAUGAAUCUGAGAUAAAAUUUAGGCAACGAUAUCGCUGAGAUUUACCAUAGUUAGGGAUUGAAGAGAUCAUCUUUGAUGGUGGAAGAAUUUUGUAGCGAUAUCGCCAGGAUUUAUCAUAGGCAGUGCUUGAAGUAAUCUUUUCUGAUGUUGCAAAAAAUAUGGUAGCGAUAUCGCUCUCAUUUUCUAUAGGCAGGGCUUGAAGUAAUGAAUCCGAGAUAAAAUUUAGGCAGCGAUAUCGCUCUGAUUUUCUAUGAGCAGUGCUUAAAGUAUUCAUAUUUGAUGCUGGAAAAAUGGGUAGCGAUAUCGCCAAGAUUUACUAUAGGCAGGGCUUGAAAGAAUCUUUUCUGAUGUCGCAAAAAAUAUGGUAGCGACAUCGCCGUCGAAUUUUUUAUAGACAGGACUUGAAGUGAUCAUUUUUGAUUUCGGAAAAAUUGGGUAGCGAUAUCGCUGUAAUUUGCUAUAGGCAGGACAAAGUAAUGAAUCUAAGAUACAAUUUAGGUAGCGAUAUCGCCAAGAUUGGGUUUGAUGUAACCUUUUUUGAUUUUCAAAGUUUGGUAGCGAUAUCGCUAUUAUUUUACUGUAGGUAGGGGUUAUAAUAAUAAUUUUUUUGAUUCGGUAGAAAAGUCGAUAGCGAUAUCGCCAGGAUGUGCUAUAGGCAGGGCUUGAAUUAAUCAUUUUUGAUGCUGAAAAAGAAAUAUUUUGGUAGCGAUAUCGCAAAAAAAGGGUAAAACUGUCCAAUUUUCAGAAAUUUUCACACCAAUAAGGAAAUUUCCUUCCUCGUUGGUCAAGUCGUUUAAACAAGUUUCUUGUUUCCUGGAUUGGAAAGACCAAAGUUUGGAAAAAGUUUGACUUUACAGCAUGCCCGGUCUGUUCCCCUACGACUACACUAAAAAACGGCUGACCGUCGCCGAAUUGGCCAAAAAAUCGGACUCUCUACCGCCGCCGAUGCAGAACUUCCCCAAGGCGGAACUGCCGCGCGAAGGCUGCAAACUUCGGGAUUUUGCCAUUUCUUAG